AGACACGAGUUUCUGUCGUCCUCAUUGUUCUCCGGUUGAAUUCAUUCAUAGCUGCAGGCAGAAUGGAGGACAUGCAACCAGACACUAAACCCAAACCGGAGCCUGGAAACCAAGACGAGCAGGAAGAUGGAAUGCGUCGCCGACUGAGGGACAGGGACCUGCUCAGGAAGAGGAAGGCCGAGGCAGAAGAGAAGGAAACUAACCAGUGGGUUUUGGGGGCGGAGAGCCAAAGGAAGAGAUCAAGAGCUGAGACCAAGAGCGGCCCGACAAGGAGAGGGCGGCCCAGGAAGGUUGAGCUGGUACCAACGGUCCUGGACGAGGCCGCUGGUGGGAUCCAGGAGACCCCGGCAGUGGUGGUGGCCCCCGAACCUGCUGCGGCGUUCAUCUCAGACCAGAUCUACGAGGCUCUGGCCUCCAUCCAGGCUGUGGAGCCCCAACCAGCUCCUCCUGCACCGACGCUGCAAACCGUUGUUUUCCAGUCGGCCGUGGGUCCGUCUUCAGAUCCUGCUUCGUCUCAAGACCCCGUCCCAGAAACGGGUCUGGCUCCUCCCCAGUUGGAGACCCUCUACAUGGAGCCACAAGACCAGGAGGCCCCUGAGCAGGUGCUGAUUGAGGACUUGGGGCCAGAUGAGGAGGAAGAAGAACCUCUGGCAGAAGGCAGAAGAAACGAUGAAGGUCUGAGUGGAAGUCUGCUGAUCGACGUUCCCGAACAAAUCAAAAUGAAUUCUGUUCCAGCAGCGUGCGCUCCUCUCCUGCCUCAGGAAUACUUUGCAGAAAACUCGUUGUAGAUUUGAAUCAGCUCAGAAGACGAGAAGGUCUCGCGCUGCGUCUCAGAUUUAUUUCAUUCACCGGAGA